AUGGACUACUAUCAUGACAAAAUCCCUGACUAUAAGCCUGAUACUGGCAUAUGGACAAAAGAACACUCCGACCAUUGCAUCGAGCGUUUGCGAGACGACAUCAUGUGUCACCCGAACACCGCAGUCUACAUCCCUGAGUGGGACAAAACCCAUGUCCUUCCUGAUGGCUUCCGAAUGAUAUCUGAAGGACAGACCACAUGUGUCAACUGGAAAGCACUGGACCAGUGGGCGAGAAGGAGGGCGCUGAAGAAGGGUGAAUACACGUUGAAGCCCAAUCCUUUCGAAGACAGGCAUGGUGUCCGUAUCCACCACUGA